AUGUUGAGAGCUGGAUAUCGUACGGCAGUUCGUUCUGCAACUAAACUUACCCCAAGGUUAGGACAUGAGAUCAGGUUGAUAAGCAAACAACAAGUCAGAUGGGCAUCACAAAUUGCACAUCCAAAAGUACCACCACAUAUUGGAAAUGAGGGAGUCAAGGAGUUUUCGUUCAAUCACCAAAAGGAUUGGGACUUGCUUAGGGCUUCAAUUACCAAGUUUACCGAUAACGGAGCAUUGAAGAUUCCAUUGGUGAUUAAUGGGGAGAAAAUCUACAAUUCUAACGAAAUGACACAGGUGAACCCAGCCAGACAUUCACAGAAGUUGGCGGAAGUGUCACAGGCUGGUGAAAAGGAGAUCCAACAAGCAAUUGAGGCUGCAAAGCAAGCAAAGGCCAAGUGGGGUGCGACCCCAUGGACUGAUAGGGCUGCGAUCUUCUUGAAGGCGGCUGAUUUGAUUUCCACGAAGUAUAGAUACGAUAUGUUAGCUGCAACCAUGUUGGGACAAGGAAAGAACGUAUACCAAGCCGAAAUCGACAGUGUCGCCGAAUUGAUAGAUUUUUUCAGAUACAACGUCAAGUAUGCCGAGGAAAUGUAUGGUCAACAGCCCGUCGCAUCGGCCCCAGGUGUCUGGAACCGUGCUGAGUACAGACCGUUAGAAGGUUUUGUAUAUGCAGUUACACCAUUCAAUUUCACUGCCAUUGCUGGUAAUUUAGUUGGUGCUCCUGCUUUGAUGGGUAAUACUGUCGUCUGGAAACCCUCCGCUACUGCUGCAUUAUCGAAUUACUUGUUAUUAAACAUUUUGGAAGAGGCUGGAUUACCUAAAGGUGUUAUUAACUUCAUUCCAGGUGAGCCAAAUCAAGUCACCGAUUUAGUCUUGAACGAUAAAGAUUUUUCAGCAUUACACUUUACUGGUUCUACAGAUGUAUUCAAGAAUUUGUACGUCAAGAUUUCUAAUAAUGUGGCCGAAGAUAAAUACCGUGACUUCCCAAGAAUUGUGGGUGAAACCGGUGGUAAAAAUUUCCACUUAAUCCAUCCUUCUGCUUCUUUAGAUCAUGCAGUGUUAUCAACAAUCAGAGGUGCCUUUGAAUUUCAGGGUCAAAAAUGUUCUGCUUUAUCAAGAUUAUACGUCCCUAAAUCGAUCUGGCCUGAAUUUCAAGAAAGAUUGGUUGCAUCUAUGUCUAACAUUACCGUCGGUAACUGCACAGACCCAAAUACGUUGCAAAAUUUCAUGGGUCCUGUCAUCCACGAGCAAUCAUUUGAUAAAUUGGCCGCUGCGAUCGACCAAGCAAAAGCUGAUCCUGAAUUAACUGUUAUUCAAGGUGGUAAUUACGAUAAAUCAAAGGGUUUCUACAUAGCACCAACGUUAAUUGAAACCACCAAUCCAAAUCACGAAUUUUUGACUAAAGAAUUCUUUGGUCCAAUUGUCACAACUUAUGUCUAUCCUGAUGCAGAAUAUGAAUCAAUUAUGGACAAAAUCGAUGGUAGUACUAAAUAUGGCUUGACUGGUGCAGUAUUUGCUAGAGACCGUGAAGCCAUUAGAUUGGCUGAAGAAAAGUUACGUUAUUCUGCUGGUAAUUUCUAUGUUAAUGACAAGUGCACAGGUGCCGUCGUUGGUCAACAGUGGUUCGGAGGUGCUAGAAUGUCUGGAACUAACGAUAAAGCUGGUAGUGGCAAUAUUUUAAACAGGUUCGUAUCGGUUAGAAAUAUUAAAGAAAACUUCUACGAAUUAACUGGAUUUAAAUAUCCUUCAAAUUAUAACUAA